AUGAAUGAAAAGUUAUACGAUAACAUCAUAUUUAAUACUUGUAUAAAAUUUGCGGGUUCAGAAAGUUUUUCUUUCGCGCCAAUGAUCUUCAAAUCCAAAUAUUCAGAUAUUGAUAUUCCCGGAGUCGGAGUUUAUCAAUAUGGAACAAGUAAUCCGAAUGGAAUUCCCGACGAUAAAGCUAUAUUGAUUGAUGGGCUUACUGAUAAGAAAGUGACCUUUGGCGAAUUAAAAAGUAAUUCUAAAAAGCUAGCAGCCGGAUUACAAACAAUUGGAUUUAAACGUGGAGAUGUGGAUUACCAUGCUGUGGUCUUUGGUGCAAUUGCAGCCGGUGGCAUAGUAUCCCCAGCUAAUCCUUUGUAUAAAGUGGGCGAACUUACAUUCCAAUUGAUUGAUUCCGGCGCAUCUAUAAUAUUUGCACAUCCAAACUAUCUUUCCACCGUUGUUAAAGCAGCGGAAGAAGCCAAUAUUCCAAAAUCUAAAAUUUUUUUGUUUGAAGAAGAAGAAGUCGAUGGAUUUCAACCUUACUGUUCACUAAUUGGCGAUCACGUUAUUGAGCCUGUUUCAUAUACACCGGAAGAAGCUAGAAUGACUACAGCCUUCCUGUGUUACAGCUCAGGGACUGUAGGAAAACCAAAAGGUGUAGAAACUACUCAUACAAAUAUCGUUGCAAAUGUGGCACAGCUUGCUGCAGUGAAAGAUUCUGGAACAGAAGACAUUUUUAUGGGAGUGUUGCCCUUUUUCCAUAUCUAUGAAUUGAACCUUCUUGUUUUUCUUACUGUCAUUGUAGGAGGUUCUACCAUUGUUAUCCCCAAAUUCGAUAUAGAAAAAUUUUGUUAUUGUAUUGAAAAAUAUAAAAUUAAUUACGCUCAUGUCGCUCCACCAAUCGUACUUUCAUUGGCUAAGAAUCCUGCUAUUAAACGUUAUAAUAUCUCAAGUUUGAGAAUGUUAAUCAGUGCAGCAGCUCCGUUAGGCAAAGAGUCGAGUAAAGAAUUUUCUAAAAUUCUUAAAAUACCGAUUAAACAAGGAUACGGGCUUACUGAAAUGUCACCAGCAACUCAUUUGUGCAGUUCAGAUAACAUUGUUACAUUUCAUAUACAUAAUAAUUCUAUAGGAUCAAUUGGUUGUCUCCUUCCUAAUGUAGAAGCCAAAUUAGUGUCGGUAGAAGGGCUUAAAUUAGGGCCUAAUGAAGGAGAGAUAUGUGUUCGUGGUCCAAAUGUCAUGAAGGGGUAUCUUAAUAAUGAUGAAGCCACCAAAGCUUCCUUUGAUGAAGAUGGAUUUUUCCAUACAGAAGAUAUCGCUCGUGUUGAUGAAAAUAAUCGUGUUAAAGAGUUGAUUAAAUAUAUGGGAUACCAAGUGGCCCCAGCUGAACUCGAAGCAAUUUUGCUUACUUAUCCCGCGAUAGCUGAUGCAGCAGUUAUAGGGUGUCAUUCUGAACGAAGUUUAACAGAAUAUCCAACUGCUUACGUUGUAACAAAACCAGGACACAAACAAACACGGGAAUUAAAAAGUGAUAUACAAAAACAUAUAAGUGAAAAAGUAGUGCCGCAUAAGAAAUUGAGAGGUGGUAUCUAUUUUACUGAUCAAAUACCAAAAAGUCCAACAGGAAAAAUCUUAAGAAGGAUUUUAAGGGAAAAGUUAAAGAAAGAGUUUGUUGAUCCUCUGGACAAACAAUAA